GGUGGUACUGGAGGCAGAGAAGGUAAGGAGCCAUGAGCUGCAGGACAAAUGGCUUGAAUGCUGCCACUAAAGGGGAGGCAGGGACAGACCAGGCUCCACGGGGGGACUCUGGCUCACAGCUUUCUAGGUACCCCCUCCAAUUCCUUACCACCAAAGAGCCCUCACUUUGAGGGGUAACCCCAGGAGAGAAGUGGAGCCAGGACAUUCCCUAGCGAGGGCAGCUGCCCUUACAGCCUGAGACAUAGACCAGUGCCUUGGGACCCAAGGACACAGAAGUCUAGGUAGGCAGGCCACCCAGAGGGUGGAGCGGAGCCCUGUGCCAGGAGCCUGUCUGGAGGAGGUGUGCUGUUUGAUCCCUGGAGGUGGACAGUCUGCUUCUCCAGCAGCAGAUAAUACCUGUGCAAUGCUCAGUGGCAAGGUGCCUGUGGCAUGGAGGCAUCUGGGAAAACCACUGCAGAGGGGUAGCGUGCAGGGCAGGGCCUGGGUGGGCUAGGGCAAGGGGUCCAGGCAGACAGCAUCUGGGGCACCUCUCUGGCUUUGGGAGGGUCCCACCAGUUGGCCCUGAGAUGGGCUCCCAGAGCUGAAGUCCUGGUCCCCUUGCAGACUGAUGAGACAGUGCCCAGAUCACCGCUGGACAUGAAGCAGGGCAGUGAAGGGGGGCGGGGGACACAGGGCUGCCUGGCCAGCCCGAGGAGGCCAGGAGAGCCGCUGGAGGAGGUGCCCAGCUGAGGAAGGGGCCAGAGCAGAGGACCUUGGGAGAAGGGAGCUGGUCACCAGAUGGGGAUCUGGGGACACAGGGAAAGUGCCUUUGUCCUACGGCCAGCAGGAAAGGCGAGGCUAUCCCUAGGGGCCAGAGGAGGAGCUAGCAGCAGUGGAGACAGAGAGGCCCCUGUGAAGGGAAGCGCCCAGCUGGCUGGAACCCACAGUCCUCCCGGGGCUGGCCUGGCACAAGAGAAAGGGGCCCCAGGGUAGGCGGAGCUUGUGCCGGGGGACCCUCAGCAAAGAGUGCCCCUGGGAACUGGAGGGGAUGGUGGAUCCCUGGAGGGUUGUGCUCCUUAUCCUUAUCCCAUAAGGCCACCUGGGGACAGAUUUUCUGCUGGGCGCCUGGCCCCGCCCUUCGGAGAGGUAGGCUGGGCAGCCAAACCCGGCGAGGGCUAAGAUGCGGCGGAAGGGCGGGUGUGGCAGGGGUGGAGGAGUUUAAUGGGGCUGUUUGAGGACUCCUCCCCUACCGGCGAAGUCGAGAGCGGAGGCAGACCCCAGCCCCCACUAGCCUGGGGCCAAUGCGCGCGCCCGGCCCCUCCAGGCACGGCGGGAGCGCGCGAGGCGCUGGCCCCUCGGCCCGAAAAUCAAACCUGGCUGUUGGCUUCUCAGCCAAUCGGAGAGGAGACAGGCCGGUCUCGACCAAUGGCUGCCGAGAAUGCUAAUGACCGCUGACGCCACGAGGAGGCCCAUUCAAAAAGUCGCCGCUAUUGUCGGGGCUGAUUGUACGCCGCCGGGCCCUCCGUCUGGCAGCGCGGGGACCGGUGCGCGGCCGGCAGAGGACCGAGCCCCGCCGGCGGGCGCCCAUGGCCGGAGCCGCAAUGGCUGAACCCGGCCGCGGGCCGCCCCCCGCGCCGGUGCCCGCGCCCGGCACAGAGGGGCUGCCGCGCGCCUUCCUGCAGAGCCUGCGCACCCUCUUCGACAUCCUGGACGACCGGCGGCGCGGCUUCGUGCACCUGCGAGAGAUCGAGUCCCGCUGGCAGGGCGCCGACGCGCGCGAGCUGCCCCGCGGCGUGCUCGAGGGCCUGCGCCAGGUGGCCCCGGCCAGUGGCUACCUGACCUUCGAGCGCUUCGUGGCCGGCCUGCGCGCCUCUCUGCUGAGCACCGACAGCGCCACCCGGGCCCCGGCGCGCGCCCCGGCCCGGGGAGGCUGCUCGGCGCGGCCCGGGGGCCAGCCGCCGCCGCCGCUGCCGCCGCAGCGCUUGGUGUUCGCGCCGGCCGACGAGCCGCGGACGGUCCUGGAGAGGAAGCCCCUGCCGCUGGGCGCGCGCCCUCCGCCGGUCGGCCCCGGCGGCGCGGCCCGGAGCCUAGAGAAGCUGUGUGGCCCGGCCGAGGCGGCGCCCGGCCCUGCGGAGCCGGAGCGGCCCCAGGGCGCGGCGCUGGAGCGGAGUCCGAGCACAGACACUGGUGCGGUGGCCUGCAGGGUCUGGGAGCUGGGCGUGGGGGACGCCCGGCGGGGCCCCCGGGCCCGAGGGGAGCGUCGGCGACACACCAUCACCAACGGUGUGGACUGUGACCUGCUGAAGCAGAUGAAGGAGCUGGAGCAGGAGCAGGAGGUGCUGCUGCAGGGUCUGGAGAUGAUGGCGCGGGGCCGGGAGUGGUACCAGCAGCAGCUGCAGCGCGUGCAGGAGCGCCAGCGCCGCCUGGGCCAGAGCAGGGCCAGCGCCGACUUUGGGGCUGAGGGGAGCCCCCGCCUGCUGGGACAGCUGCUGCCCAAGGUGCAGGAGGUGGCCCGGUGCCUGGGGGAGCUGCUGGCUGCAGCCUGUGCUGGCAGGGCGCUGGCCUCAUCCUCCGUGGGGCCCCUGGGCCCUGUCGCGGCCCCUGCGUCACCCUCGGCCCCAGGCUGGCAGCAGCAGACCAUUCUCAUGCUGAAAGAGCAGAACCGGCUGCUCACCCAGGAGGUGACGGACAAGAGCGAGCGCAUCACGCAGCUGGAGCAGGAGAAAUCCGCCCUCAUCAAGCAGCUGUUCGAGGCCCGCGCCCUCACCCAGCAGGACGCUGGGCCUCUGGACUCCACCUUCAUCUAGCCUGCCACAGGCACGGACACGGGGCCCCGCAGCCCGGCCUGGCCCUCCUCCCCAGGCGGGCACUUCCUUGUGCCCCACCUCUGAGGCUGAGGACGCCCUGGCCAGCCCGGACACCCGGACAUCGCCUGCCCUUCUCCCUUUCAGUCUGGGCUCCUCCAAGCUCUCCCCAGGCCUCCUCCCACCGCAGGGUGUCCUGAGGCCUCAGCAGACUCCACCUUGGUCUCGGGCUGACCUGGGUGGGACUCCAACGAGCCCGCACAGCCUGAAGCUGCUGCUGCUGCCAUUGUCCUAAAAGGCACUGGUCACACCGCACUGCACUUCCAAGAGCGGCCAGCAGAGGGAGCUGCGCGCACCGGUCGCCACCACCCGGCCGCCCAAAGGGCUGGGGUUUGGGGUAUCCCGCGGCCUGGGGCGCGCCGGGCCCGGGGGUCCAAGGGCCUCUUCCCCGCUCCAGAAAGGAAGCUGUUCCUCAGCCAGGACCAGCGGAGGUGGCCUCCAGGAGGGAUCUACUUGUGUCCGGUUCCAGGGGAGCCCCCGACCCAGGAAUGGUGUCCUGGAUUUGUGCUGGCCUGCUUGCUCUCCCCACAGACCUUAGGUGCUAAACAAGGGAGUCAGCUGUCUUCCCUCCUGGGCAAGAUCACCGAGCACCCUGUGACCCAGGCCCAGAGCCUGCGGCCUGCCCGGUGACCUGGCUGGGGCUGUGGUCACCACGGGGGCGCCCAUGUGCUGAGCACCUUACCCAGGCCCCUCCCACCAGAUUCAAGGUUCUGCAGGUAUGCGGACCUGCCAAACCCCCCAUCUUCCCACUCUCAGCUUGGCCCUGGGUCGGGGACUCAGGACUCUGGAAGGGGCUGGCAGAGGGUCCUGUUGGGGGGUCAUGGCCUGUGCCCACCACCAGGCCUGCUCUAGGGGGGCCGCUACGCAGCUGGGCCUGCCAAUAGCAUCUCAGGCGGGGCGGUGCCCCCACUACCGCCCCCCAGGCUAAGAGGACAAUAACAUUUCAGGCAGGCUGAGUGGUUCUGGGCCCUGGUCCCAUGUGGGCGUGUAUGGAGCACAGCACGGAGCCGGCUUGAUCACAGCGGAGGGGCACUGGGUGCAGGGUGGCAGCUCCUGCCAGCCCCACCCUGGGCCACACCAGCAGCAACCUGGCUGAGGCCGCUCCCCACACGGCCCUCGGGUUGUUCCCGUCAGGCCCAAGUCCGCCCAGGACAUGUGCUCCCCGCUCCGGAUGGGAGUGGGAGACAGGAAGGAGACAUGGUCCCAAAGGCCAGAUGUCACCUGCAGCCCCAAGCAGACCUGCGGUGUGGUCAUUAGACCAGUGUCCACCCAGGAGAGGUCCUCCCACCACCAGGACCUUCCCAAGGCUGCCUUUCCCCUGGUUCUUGGGUCUGUUCCUCUCUUCCUUCAUGGCCGGUCCCCCACACCAGCCUGGGCCCUGAGCCACCCUCACCAGGGGUCCCUCUGCUUGCAGGCUCUCCAAAUGGCCCUCGCUAGUUCCAGAGCUAAAAACUGCCCCUCCCCUGCCCCUAAUCCUCCAGGACGCAGGGCGGGCCCAAGCCCUGAGCAGGCUCAGCCGUUCCCCCCAGACCCCUGCCCCCCUGCCACCAGCGAGGCUUGCCCACUCUGGGCUGUGCAAUUGUCAGGGGCCGAAACAGCAAAGGCGGCAGGACUUGGCCCUGAGGGCGUCUGCUUCCGCCCGGGUCUUUACGGAGCUUGGGCAGCUGAACAGCAGGAGCCCAGGGGUGCCUCCCCCCGCCCCCCUGGCGCCGACCUUCAGCUGCAGGGCCAAUGAGGAGUAAACCGGAGACUCAGGGAGAGGCUUCUGGCGGCGCUGGCCUUCCACGCAGGGCAAAGACCUCUUCUUUUACAGCCUGAAACCUGGCUGUAUGUGUGGCUCGAGACAUCAAAGGGAGAAUUCUACCUGGCCCCAGGUUGGCAGCGGCCGGCAGAAGCAAGAGGCGCCCUGCCUGGAGCGGCGGUUCUUAGGGGACGUUGGGGCCAUAAGACUUGGCGGAGCCAUCCUUGCACUGCAGGCUGUUUAGCAACAUCCUGGCCUCCAUCCACAAGGUGCCAGAAACACACACACACACUCUCUCAUCCCUGACAACCAAAACGCUGCUGAGGCCUGGGGGCGGCAGGGGCAAUGGCCCUUAGCUGGGCAUCUACUCCAGAGCAGUGCAGCUCCACCAGGCCACCAAGGAUUUCCUGUGGAUCAAGAACCAAGGAAAAGGAGCAUCUCCAGCUUAAAAAACUUUUCACAAACACCAUAAGGAAAGCCAUGAGAGCCAGCAGAAACAGCAGAUUCGAUAGCCAUUGCAGAUAUUCAAAUAACCGGAGAAUAUAACUAUGUUUUGUAUGUCUGAAGAAAUAAAAAAGUCUUUGAAAAUAAUAAUAAGGAA